GCAACUCGCUGAUAAGAAAACGUUCUUUACAGCUCAGUACAAGCCUCAAUAAAAACCUGCUGGCUUCCAGAGCCAACAGUGAUGUUAGGGUGGUGAUUUCACAGUCAAGGUUGGGGAGACACACACACUAUAUCUCUGUGAGCUCUGGCAGUGGAAUCUGAGAAACAUCAUCUACUCAGCAGAGCAGCUACAGACUUGACUCUCACUCACCCAUCACCUCCACCAUGAAGAUAAGAGGUGUCUUUGGGCUGCUCGGUCUGGCGCUUUUCAGCUAUUUUUCCGGUGUUGCCACGGGGGCAAGUCAGCCUCUUUGCAGUCUCUAUGCAGUGCUUCCCAAUAGAGAAGUUCCUUGUCCCAGGAUGGCUGACCCAGUCUGUGGCAGUGAUGGUGUCACCUACCCCAAUGAGUGUUUGUUCUGCAGAGAAAUCCUACGUGGCAACAACAUUGUCAAAAAGCAUGAUGGAAGAUGUGUUCAGGUUGACUGCACUGGCUACGUGAAAACACCCACAGGUCAGGAAGCUACGUGCACCCUGGAGUACAGCCCGAUCUGUGGCACUGACGGCGUUACCUAUGGCAACAAGUGUGCUUUUUGCUCUACUGUCGCGAAUGGAGCAGACGUUGACCAGAACAAUGAUGGAGAAUGUUCCCAGAAUAAGUAACAGAAAACUUCACCUCAGGCAGUAUGGGGAAUGCUGAAUCCCCAUGGUGCUGAGCUGAUAGUGGCCCUUUUGCUUGCACUUUCCGCCAGCAAAGCUCUGCAACGAAAUACCUUCUCCCUUCAUCCCAGGUUCUGGCAGCUCACCGGGGCUUCUUGGUCUCUCUGUUGGCUUGAUCAAUAAAGUAAACUCAGCAGCA